AUGAGGCCCGUCAAAGAAAGCUACAGCUCUUUUGCAAUGUUAUGCCGGAAAAGCUCGGUUAAAAGCAGGCAUGGAUCGGCUCAGGUAAACCUGAAUGUGUAUGAUCUCACUUCCAUCAAUGGUUAUGCUUAUUGGUUGGGCCUUGGUGUUUAUCAUUCUGCUGUUGAAGUUCAUGGAGUGGAAUAUGCAUUUGGAGCCCACGAGUACUCGACAACUGGGAUUUUUGAGGGAGAGCCAAAACAGUGUGAUGGGUUCACAUUCAGAAAGUCAAUUCUGAUUGGUUGGACGGAUUUGUCCCCAGGAGAGGUUACUAAAACAAUGGAGCAACUUGCUCACAAAUACAGAGGAAAUUCUUAUAAUCUAAUCUCCAAGAAUUGCAAUCAUUUCUGCAAUGAUGCCUGCAUUAAACUCACUGGAAAUCCAAUCCCAAAUUGGGUCAAUCGUCUCGCUAGAAUUGGCGUUUUAUGCAAGUGCAUUAUUCCGACGACAAUUAACUCCACAAUAGUUGGUGGCGAGCGUAAAAUUGGAGUGAAGAGUGGUGAAAUGGAGAAAAGGAAUAUGAAA